UCAUACUGGUCGUUUCACCAAUAAAAUUGCAGGAGUACUAAACUAGUAAGGCAGCCUGUUUUAGACAAGUGCGCCAGAGACGGUGAGUGAGCAACAGUACAUCAAUGGAAGAACACAAAGACGAAAGUGCAAAUAUAUCUAUGGCGGAAAAUGAGGAGGUGAUGAGCGAAGUUCAUCUGGGUUGCCCUGCUAACUUCUCUGGUCCUUACACCUCUCAUUUCACUUUCUCUCUCCCAUUUGGAGAUGAUCUCACCGGCAGUAGACACGGUGACCAUGUCAAAGAUGAAUCUAGUUCUCCAGAGCAAACUAUUGAUUUAGAUGAAGAUGGUGAUCUCAUUGUAGCUCGACGAACACGAACCAAACAAUCUUACCAUACUGGUGUUGUCAGCAUUCAGCACAAUAUUACAUCAACCAUUCCAAGUGUGGGUCUGCAGGUUUGGAGGGCCGAAUUGAUAUUAGCAGAUUAUGUAUUGCACAAGAUGUCUUCUUCGUCUGUAUUCAAUGGUGUUGUUGCUGUUGAACUUGGUGCUGGCACAGGAUUGGUUGGUAUAUUAAUUGCACAUGUUGUGAAGGCUGUAUUCAUAACAGACCAUGGCAUUGAAAUUCUCGACAACUGUGCAAGGAAUGCUCACAUCAACUCUGGAUUGUUUGGAGGUGAAUCUCCAGUCAAAGUACGAGAGCUUGAUUGGCAGAAACCAUGGCCACCUUUGGAUUUGGAUUCUGGAGUAAGGUAUUCCUGGACAUCUUCUGAGGUUGAAGAAGUUAAUAGAGCAUCUGUGCUGUUAGCUGCAGAUGUGAUAUAUAGUGAUGAGUUAACUGAUGCCUUUUUCAGUGUUCUGCAGAAGAUCAUGUGCCAACAUUCUAAAAAGGUUUUGUAUCUUGCAUUGGAGAAGCGCUACAAUUUCAGCUUGUAUGAUCUUGAUGUUGUUGCCAAUGGGUACUCAAAUUUCCUUAGCUUUUUGAGGAACGAAAAGGGUUUUACUGGCAAGCGUAUCGAUCUUUCAGAAAUUCCUCAAUAUGUACAAGAGUAUGAGAGAGGAAAAGAUGUCGAGCUCUGGGAGAUAAUUUAUGUUGAACAUAAAUGUUAAAGAACUGAAGUCUGCUUGGUUAUCCUACUGAAAGAUGCAGCCUGGACACGAAAGAGAGAUACAUAAUGACUGUAUGGGUGUUGAAUAUUUUACUGGUUUAUUCUUCAGUUACUUUCCUAUAGGCUUUUCAUUUUCCUAGUCAUGUGUUGGCAAUGGUCUUUAUGGAAUUACUAUUUGGAGUAUAUACGUCUGUUUCUUUGGUCCAAAAAUAGUGAAAUAAGAUGUAUGUGUGGCUUCAUAAUGAGUACAUUUUUGGCUAUAUGAUUCAACCUUUA